GGGGUCUUUUCAGCUCUUUCUGGAGGCAACAAUAGUCUUUGUUCAAGAUCUUCCACCAUUCUUAUUAGGGCUACCAAGAGGAGGGAGGUGCGAGGAGAAGGGUGUUUCUCCAUAGUAACAAUGACAAAACAAGCCAGUUCAGAGGGAGACACUCAAAACUCCAGCAGGAGAAGAAGGAGCAGGUCUCACUGUGCUGCAGAAAGUUUAGCAGAAGUUACCCAGGCAUGGAGCGGGACAGCCACAGCGAGGACACGGUGUCCACCAUGGUCCUGGAGAACGUCAAGAACAAACUGAUGCACGCCUUCAGGGUGACCGCCGAGUCCAGAGCGGGUCAGAGGGAGGCCGGCGGCGGCGGCGGCAUCGGGAGGAGCCAGCAGGCCAACGAGGAGCUGCGGCGGGCGCAGAUAGAUGGAGCUCUGACCUGGCUCCGGUCCGAACUGCUGGAGAUGCGUUCGCAGGACGUGCAGCUGGCUGAGACGCUGCUGGGGCUCAACACGGAGAUCCAAAGACUGCGCAGGGAGAGCUUUGGGGGGCUGGAGGCGCAAGGGGACGACCAGCCAUGAGCCAACCCCACGAGGAUGCUUCUCAUCUGGGAAGGACUUACAGCUGACGAAGGGAAUCCGUGGAGCCAGAAGUAAAGAAUCCGACACAACAGAGGAACGCUGAAUGCAUCGUUUGAACAGAGUAGAGAUGCUACAUGGACAGUAAUGGAGGCAGACAGAGUAACCAGGGCUGCGUUCACACUGCAGCCUGAAGGGACCCUGUUCCGAUUUUUUUGUCAAAUCGGAUUUUUUUAUUUUAUUUUGUUUAAUUUAAUUUAAUUUUUUUGCCGUGGUCGUUCAUACUUCCAAAUAAAUGCGACCUGAAUGCGUUCUGCGGUGUGAACGGGCAACGACCUGAAAGUGUCCCGCAUGCGCAGUAGAGGGCGCAAUAGCGUCAGCGUUCUCAGUGUUCUGCCAGCCGCC